AUGGACCAGCAGGAUCGACUUACUUUAAUUGCCAGUAGCAUCCCCGCAGUUGAACCUCCCCUCUCUCCCCAAUUCUCCCCGCCCCCUGAACCCAAACAAACCCUAGCUUACAAUCCCGAUCCCACAGAACCCAUUUUCGCCAUGGACGACUCCAGCGACGGCGGAGCCACCGCCGGCGGCACUAAGAAGAAGCCUUCUGCGGCGGCCGCCAAGGGGAAGGCGACGGGAAAAGGGAAGGCCACCUCCAAGGCGGUGCCCAAGGCCAAGGAGAGCAGCCUCCUCAAGCAGAAAUCGCCCGCAGAGUUCUUCGCGGAAAACAAGAACAUCGCUGGUUUUGACAAUCCUGGAAAAUCUUUGUACACCACAAUGCGGGAGCUAGUUGAGAAUGCUCUUGAUUCAGCUGAGUCCAUCUCCGAGCUCCCCGAUAUAGAAAUUACUAUAGAAGAGAUCACUAAGAGCAAAUUCAACACAAUGAUAGGACUAGUUGACAGAGAGCGUGUUGAUGAAGCACUCUAUGAUGAUUUUGAAUCAUCUAAGGCUCGUGAGAAACGCCUAGCUAAAGAAGCACGUUUCCAAGAAACUCAAGCCAAAAAUUCUGCUCUAGGGAAGAAAGUUAAGGACACUCCAGCUGCUCGUGGAAAAGGUCGGGGCGAGGCUUCAUUUUUUAGAGUGACUUGCAAGGAUAAUGGCCGAGGUAUGCCGCAUGAAGAUAUCCCAAACAUGUUUGGGAGAGUGCUAUCGGGAACAAAAUAUGGUUUGAGGCAGACGCGUGGAAAAUUUGGGCUUGGUGCUAAAAUGGCACUUAUUUGGUCAAAGAUGAGUACGGGCCUUCCUAUUGAUAUUAAGUCAUCGAUGAAAGGCCAAGAUUAUAUCACGUUCUGUCGACUUGACAUAGAUAUUCAUAAAAAUGUCCCUCACAUUCAUUUACAUGAGAAACGUGAGAACAAUGAUCACUGGCAUGGGGCAGAGAUUCAAGUUAUUAUUGAGGGAAAUUGGACAACUCAUCGUUCAAGGAUACUACAUUACAUGCGACAGAUGGCUGUCAUUACUCCAUAUGCUCAAUUCCUAUUUAGAUUUCUCUCAGAUGCAGCAGAAAAAAAUUUGACGAUAAAAUUUGCGCGAAGGACAGAUGUUAUGCCUCCUGUCCCACUUCUGACAAAGCAUCAUCCAUCUGCUGUCGAUUUGCUGCUGAUAAAGCGCUUAAUUACAGACACUACAAAGCCAAAUCUUUUGCAGUUUCUGCAACAUGAAUUUGUGAAUAUAAGCAAAGCACAUGCUGACCGUUUAAUUGGGGAAAUGGGGCCUGAUUUUAGUGCAAAAACAACAGUCAACAGCCUUACAUCACAACAGUUAGUACGAAUACAUCAGUUGUUUCGGCAGGCUAAGUUUGAUGAUCCCAGUGGCAAUUGUCUUAGCCCUGCAGGUGAAUACAAUUUACGUCUAGGUAUCAUAAAAGAGCUGCACCCUGAUCUGGUUGCAACACACGCAAGCAGCCCUCAGGUUUUUGAAGGGCAUCCGUUUAUUGUUGAAGCCGGAGUAAGCAUUGGUGGAAAAGAUGUUAAACAAGGUCUAAAUAUUUUUAGGUUUGCAAACCGCAUACCACUUCUUUUUGAACAAGGUGCUGAUGUCAUCACAAGAACUGCCCUAAAAAGGAUAAAUUGGAGCAUCUACAAAAUUAAUCAGCAGCAGGACAAGAUUGGUGUCUUCGUGAGCAUUGUCAGUACAAAGAUACCUUUUAAAGGAACUGGAAAAGAGUAUAUUGGGGAUGAUAUAACCGAGAUAGCAGAUGCUGUCAAGUCAGCUCUUAAGCAGUGCUGUGUCCAACUGAAGUCAAAGAUAGUGAAGAAACUUCAGGCUCGUGAACAGCAGGACAGGAAAAGGAACCUGAACAAAUACAUUCCUGAUGUGGCAAGAACAAUUAUGGAGACUCUGGGAGAACUUGCAGACGAGUCUCCCCCCAAGAGGCCACGGUUUGACAAGGAAGACGAGGAACUCCUCGAGAAAAUAAAUUCGGAGGAAGUGACAGAAAUGACUUUGAGAGAUUGCUUAACGCAGCAUGUUGAACAGGUUGACUAUGAAAUGGCACUGGAGUAUGCCAUGCAGAGUGGCGUGAGCGAAGAGCCCCGUGAAGCAAUCUAUCUGAACUCGCUCGACGGAUCUUACAAGUUCGUCGACUUCCAGAGCCCUGCUUUCGUGUUUAGGUUCAUCCCGUGA